GCCUGACAAAUAUCUGGGUUUCCAGAGCUGGCCUAAGCAAUCAUGUUGUCUUACUCAUCCUGCAUGAUCCCAGCGGUAGCUGCUUUGCUAGUGACUUGCCAUGCGCUGCGUGAAUGUCCAGGAAAUACUGAACUACCUGAAAUCCCUGCACUGCCCCAAAGAGAUGAUCUGAAAGGACAGUCACAUCUAAGUUUACCCAAUUCUCUGGACACCGAUCCCCUCGAUGUUAUAGCAGAUUUGAAACACCGACUUUGCAGACUUGAAGGCGUGCUUGUUUUAAAUGGCAAAAUAAGAAAAGCAGGAGAUAAAAUAUUUGCCAGCAAUGGGAAGAAAGUUGAUUUUGCAUCUGCACUAGGAUCCUGUGAAGAGGCUGGAGGAACUCUUGCAACUCCCAUGAAUGAGGAGGAGAACCAAGCUGUUCUGAGCAUUGUGAAACCGUAUAACCAAUAUGCUUACUUGGGCAUUAAAGAGGGUGAGACUCCAGGUCAAUUUAAGUACAUAAAUGGCAUGCCUCUGAGUUAUACCAAGUGGUACAAAUAUGAGCCUAACGGCAAAGGGACAGAAAAAUGCGUAGAGAUGUACACCGAUGGGACCUGGAAUGACAAAAGAUGUAACCUGAACCGCCUCACAGUCUGUGAAUUUUAAAGAAUGGCUUUUCAACCACCUCAGAAUACGGAGAUCAUUAAAUACCCUGUCUCAGGUUUAUGCAAUUUCUGC